UUCAUUUAUUAUUUUUAUUAUUUUCGUUCAAACCAAUAAAACGGCUCCGUACGUCCGGUUAUAUGGGAGCGUACAUUCUCCGAUAAUCCGUCGAAAAAUCCGCCGAUCGCCGGCGGAAUCUACUCGGUGGUGCGGGUUCCGGCGACGUUAUUCACUUCUAAAUAGUGUUAUUUAGGUUUCUGAUAUGGCGUCGGAAGACGCGGCGAGAAAGACGACGAGUGAGUCUGCCGUCUCCACGAUCGUCAACCUGGCCGAGGAGGCAAAGCUCGCUAGCGAGGGAGUCAAGGCUCCUAGCCAUGCUUUCGUUACCGUUGGCAAGUCCCUCAUCGCCGGAGGUGUCGCUGGUGGAGUGUCACGCACUGCUGUUGCUCCAUUGGAAAGAUUAAAAAUUUUGCUCCAGGUACAAAAUCCUCACAGUAUCAAAUACAAUGGAACAGUUCAGGGCUUGAAGUAUAUAUGGAACACUGAAGGACUCAGAGGAUUGUUUAAGGGCAACGGUACUAAUUGUGCUCGCAUUGUUCCAAACUCCGCUGUCAAAUUCUAUAGUUACGAGCAGGCAUCUAAGGGCAUUCUAUGGUUUUACCGGCAGCAAACUGGAGAUGAAGAGGCUCAAUUGACACCUCUUUUACGGCUUGGAGCUGGAGCAUGUGCUGGAAUUAUAGCCAUGUCAGCAACUUAUCCAAUGGAUAUGGUACGAGGUCGACUGACUGUCCAGACGGAAAAAUCUCCUCACCAAUACAGAGGAAUCUUCCAUGCUCUUUCAACAGUUCUUCGGGAAGAAGGUUUUCGGGCUUUAUAUAGGGGCUGGCUACCUUCUGUCAUAGGAGUUGUACCAUAUGUUGGUCUCAACUUUGCUGUCUAUGAAUCUUUAAAAGACUAUCUGGUCAAAAAUAAACCUUUUGGAUUAGUUAAUGACUCUGAGCUGAGUGUGACAACAAGACUUGCAUGUGGGGCCGCAGCUGGAACCGUUGGCCAGACAGUUGCUUACCCUCUUGAUGUUAUUCGGCGAAGAAUGCAGAUGGUGGGCUGGAAAGAUGCUGCUUCAAUUGUGACUGGUGAUGGGAAAGGCAAGGCCGGACUUGAAUACACUGGGAUGGUUGAUGCAUUCAGGAAAACAGUUCGGCAUGAGGGAUUUGGAGCUCUGUACAAGGGCUUGGUGCCCAAUUCCGUGAAGGUGGUCCCAUCUAUAGCAAUUGCAUUCGUGACUUAUGAGGUGGUUAAGGACAUUCUUGGAGUUGAGAUGAGGAUAUCUGACUGAAUCAAGAAAACUAUCAAUCUAUUUUGAGAAGGUAAAUUGGUGGAUUCUUUUUACCAUGAAUGUAGAAGCCAAAUUUGAAAAAAGCUCUUAGAGCCCAUUUUAACCCUUCCUUUGUGAAAAGCCGAUCUAGUUUUUUUAGGUUGUUAUAUUCUUGUGCUUUUGCAUCGUGGAAGGAAAUAAGAAGUUAUGCUUCAGAGAAUCAUUCACUAUGAGGUGCCUUUCUGAUGGCUUUGUAGAAAAUGUAAGAGAAUUACUAUCGCACUCUCAGUAGAUGCCCUAUUCGAUCUUUUAAAAUACUUCACCAAAACACUAAUUUUUAUAUUUCAACUCAAAUAUUUACAUUACAUCAUACAAUUUCUCUA